ACGAGCAGUUCGAGCAAACAAUUGGCAACACUGUUUUGGUUACAUUGUGAUGUCGUCGUCGAGUAUCGAGUGUCGUCGUCUUUUGUAGAAUUUUAUCAAGAUAUCCCCGGACUAAGUUGGUGAACGUGAUAAACUUCUUAAUAGCUUAUGUGUCGAAAAGUGACUUAUCGUAAAAUUUAUUUAGUGUCGGACUUGGACAAAGAAUUGUGAUUCUAAGUUUCUAAUUUUAGUCGUGUCCCUAGUGGGAUUAUUUGGCAAAAUGAUGACCGAAAAUAGAAUUAGUUCAAGUAAUCACGUCGGAAACAGUAUGACCAGUCAGAAUAAGGGUGAUGUCGAUAAAAGUAUCGAUGACAUCGGUUGGAAAUCAAAAUUAAAAAUACCCCCGAAAGACAGGAGAAUAAAGACUAGUGAUGUAACAGACACAAGAGGUAAUGAGUUUGAAGAGUUUUGCCUAAAACGUGAGCUGCUGAUGGGCAUUUUUGAGAAAGGAUGGGAAAAACCUUCUCCUAUUCAAGAGGCUUCUAUUCCUAUCGCACUCAGUGGCAAAGAUGUCCUGGCAAGAGCUAAAAAUGGAACUGGCAAAACUGGCGCUUAUUGUAUUCCAGUUUUAGAACAGGUGGAUCCCAAAAAAGAUGCUAUUCAAGCUUUAAUUGUGGUACCAACUAGGGAGUUAGCGCUCCAGACAUCACAAAUUUGCAUUGAACUGGCAAAGCACACAGAUAUUCGCGUAAUGGUUACCACUGGAGGUACAAAUCUCCGGGACGACAUUAUGCGUAUUUAUCAAAAUGUUCAAGUUAUUAUUGCUACGCCGGGUCGUAUGAUUGAUCUCAUGGAUAAACAAGUUGCCAAGAUGGACCAGUGCAGGAUGCUGGUUCUUGAUGAGGCAGAUAAACUACUUUCUCAAGACUUUAAAGGAAUGUUGGAUAUGGUUAUUUCACGAUUGCCCAAAGAACGCCAGAUCUUGCUGUUCUCUGCAACCUUCCCACUGAGUGUAAAGCAAUUCAUGGAAAAGCACUUACGAGAACCAUAUGAGAUUAAUCUCAUGGAGGAAUUAACACUGAAGGGAGUUACACAGUACUAUGCAUUUGUACAAGAGAGACAGAAAGUUCAUUGUUUAAAUACACUUUUUUCUAAGUUGCAAAUAAACCAGUCUAUAAUAUUCUGUAAUUCAACUCAGCGUGUGGAGCUACUUGCAAAGAAAAUAACUGAACUAGGAUACUGCUGUUACUACAUUCACGCGCGUAUGGCGCAAGCACAUCGUAAUCGUGUGUUCCACGAUUUCCGGGCGGGACUUUGCCGCAAUCUCGUGUGCUCUGACCUGUUCACUAGAGGUAUCGACGUGCAAGCUGUCAACGUCGUCAUCAACUUUGAUUUUCCACGUAUGGCUGAAACCUAUCUACAUCGUAUUGGUCGUUCAGGACGCUUCGGCCACUUGGGUAUUGCUAUCAACCUAAUCACAUACGAGGACCGUUUUGCUCUGCAUCGCAUUGAGCAGGAGCUGGGUACAGAGAUCAAGCCAAUCCCCAAGGUGAUCGACCCGGCGCUAUACGUAGCACGCCCGGACGACGACGACUCGGCCGACAAGUAACGCCGUGCCGUCGUCGCACCGCUCGCGCACUUGCUCGCUGCGCGUGCCCCAUCUAACUGGACUUGCUGACUGGUGAAAGGAACUACAUAGUUUAAAUCUUUAAAAACAAAAACUUAUUUGUAAAAAAGUGUAAUGAAUUUAUUGUAACAAAAUGUGAGUGUAAAUAGUUUAUCGUGAGUAAGACUUUGACCUGAAAUGGGUUACUUUUUUAAAGUGUAAAUAAACCACACAUCAGGA